AUGCUACCAGCAGCUCAUGGAUUUGCCUUAGUGACCCCUGCCUCACGAGGAUUGGGGUUUGCCUUCGCACAGCAGCUCCUGAGCCGGACUGAGCUCCCUGUGAUCGCAACUGCACGCAAGAACUGCGAUGAACUCCAAGAAAGGUUGCUGUCAACCAAGGGCAUGCCCAAAGACGCAAAGCAGAGACUCCGUAUUCUACAAGUCGACGUAACAGAAGAGUCUACGAUAUCAGCAAUGGCAGACACAAUCCGCCAAGAAUAUCCGAACACACCACUCAGGCUAGGAUUAACAAUCCCUGGCGUUUUGCAUGCGGAAAAAUCACCAAGUAAAAUCGACGCUGCCAAUGCGCUCGACAGCUUCAAAGUCAACUCUAUCGGCCCCUUGCUACUCAUGAAGCACCUAUCGCCAUUCGUCCCAUUGAAAAUGUCACCAGAAUUCCCGCCAAUAGAAGCCAGCUCUGCAAUCGACUCUCCUGGACCGCUGUUUUUGCCUUCGCAUGCCAUCUAUGCAAUGAUGGCUGCUCGAGUCGGCUCAAUAUCCGACAAUGCCUCGGGUGGAUGGUAUUCCUAUCGUGCAAGUAAGGCAGCCGUCUUCCAAUUGGCCAAGACUUUUGAUUUGCAUUUGCGCGCGAAGAGUGCGCAGAGGGCAAUUUCAGUGGCGUUGCACCCUGGGACUGUGCAUACGGAUUUUACCAAGGAUUAUUGGGGAAGUAGGGAAAUGCUGGAGCCAGCUGAGGCGGCCGAAAAGCUGUUGGACGUUCUUGUGGGGUUGCCAUCGGACGCCGAAGGAGGGAGAGGGAGGUGCUGGGAUUGGAAAGGGAAAGAGAUUUUGCCCUGA